CGCAUCUUUUGAACAAGUCAUCGUAAACAAUAGUGUAGACGUCUUCUGGCAAACACUCGGCAUGGCGCUUCAACGUGAUGUAUCUGAGCUUCUUGGCCCUUUAAAAAACCUACAAAUCAAAUCCGCAAGUGAAUUUCUUAACACUUUUCAUAGAAUCCAUUUCACCGCUUCAUCAUUCAACAUUAACGAACCAUUCCAGAACCCGAACUUUACUUUGGAGCAGGUGCAGUUUUUAUACAAAGAAUUCGCAGAUGAAUACGAGUUGACAAUUGACCAGGAAGUUAUCAAGGACAUAUACAUACAAACCAAUGG